GACAAACUUUAUUGUAUAAACAAACCUUUUUUUCCUUGUGGCUAAUCUACAAGCAGACUUCAAUAAAAACUGUUUUAGUGAAUCUUUAACAAUUAACAUGUUUAAAGUACACAGGUUAGUGUCAUUUAUUGGUGUAUGUUUGGCUUUAAUUUUUUGCAAGAGAAUCCAUGAUGACGAAUCUUCUUUUUCUGCUUCAAACACAAAUUUUAAAAUUUUAAUUGAACAUGCAUUUGGUGUUCAAGACACAUUUACUCCAAAAGGUAAAGUACUUGUGAAAGCCAAUCGUGCAGGUGGAGGUGCUUCAGCUACAUUAAUUGAAGAACUUACAUUAAAUGAAAAUGAUUUUGAAAAAUUAUCUGCUUUAGUGAAAGAAAAUGGCUUAUAUUUCAUUAGAACAUUAUCUCAUAAUAGAGAUGACAUUAGCAAAUCUCAGCAGUAUGUAUCCACAUUUGUAAAAGCAUGUUAUUUAGUUGGCUCAGGAAUGAACGAAAAAAUAAGUAUUUCCAUAGAUAAUGAAAAUAAUAUAUUGGGUUUGAGUUUGAUUUCUCCAUCAAGUGACUGUAAUAAUAACCACAAGAAAUUGAGAAUGUUUAACUCUACUGUACAUAUAAUACAACAGAUUCCUGGAUCCAUCCCAGAUACACAGUCCUUUUCUAAAAAGGAGAGUGAGCAAAGAAAUGAUAAAGGAAAAGUUGAAGAGAACCAGUCAUUUAUUGGAAAGUAUUGGAUGUAUAUACUACCAGUGUUUCUUAUAUUACUUUUAAGUGCUCAAGCAGAACCCCCUGCUGAAGGUAGCGAAUAAAAACAAUAUAGAUGUAAAUUUUCUCAAUAUUCAUAUAUUGUAAUAUUAUGUUGUCUGGUAAUAUCAAUACCAAAAGUUUAAACUUGUUAAAAAAUUCUUUGAAAUUUAAUAAACUGGUACUGAUUACAAA